AUGGCAACAGUGGAGGUGCAAGUGGAGCAGUGGCAAGAACGUGGGAUCCAAGUGCUGGUAUUGCUGAGCUUCAUGCUGCAGCUAGUUCUUCUCGUCCUGGCGGAGUUUCGCCGACGCAUAGACUCCGGGGUGCUAAGGGCCGUGAUUUGGUCAGCAUACAUGAUUGCUGACUCGGUGGCGAUAUACACCCUAGGCCACCUGUCCCUGACGAGCAGGUCAAACAGUCAUGAGCUAAUGGCGUUCUGGGCCCCCUUCUUGCUGGUGCACCUUGGCGGGCAGGACAACAUCACUGCCUACGCCAUUGAGGACAACCGGCUCUGGCUGCGGCACCUGCAGGAGCUCGCCGUGCAGGUCGCCGCGGCAGCCUAUGUCCUCUAUGAGUCAACCGUCGUCAGCACUCAGGCCCUGCUCCGGAAUGCCGCCAUCCUAAUGUUCGUGGUGGGUGUUCUCAAGUACGGGGAGAGGGUGUGGGCGCUCAAGCGAGCUGGCACUAGCGCGGCGGGCAAGAACUACCGGUCUUUUGAGAAGAGGACUCGUUCUUCAAGUGGACCUCCUAUGGAUCGGCGGGACACUGAGGGCCUGCUGCGGAUAGCCCACCUCCUGCUGGAUGUUCCGAAGGAUCUGUUGCAGGGCCCGCUGCCCAACGUAGUGGUAUACCUGGACGGCGAGGACGACAAGAUCCCUGCCAACGACCUGUACAAGGUGGUGGAGAUGCAGCUCAGCCUAAUGCACGACGUCGUGUAUAGCAAGGCGGAGGUGAUCCACACAUGGUAUGGCCUCUGCAUCCGUGCCAUUUCUCCAGUGUUCACCGCCGUUGCUUUCAUGCUAUUCCACGGGUCAGGCAUGUCGGCGGGCAGCCACUACAGCAGAGCAGAUGUUGUCAUUACGUAUGUUCUGUUAGGUGGGGCUCUUACCUUAGAGAUGAUAUCGGUGUUAAGGACCAUGUUCUCGAGAUGGUCUAGUGUGACACUAGGGAAGCUGGCCUAUGACUUCAUUGGAGAAGAAAGGUGCAUGUGUGGUUUGCUUGCCCGUGCAACCGCGUCUAUCCGCCGGUUUGUCCUUCCAAAGAGGGAUGGGUCCAGAUGGUGGUGGUCGGGCUGCAUGGGGCAACACAAUCUGAUUGACUUGUGCGUUCAGAGCAGGACCAGCCGAGCAAGCAGGAUUGCAGGUUGGAUGGGGGUCGAGGACUGGUGGAACACAAUGAUGUACUCCAGCUCUAUCUCCGUCUCCACAACUAUCAAGGAACUACUUGUGAAACAAGUGCUCAACUCUAGUCAGGGCAACAGAGAAGAGUACUACCACUCCAAGUCCACGGAGGAGGGGCCAGAUCACAUCAUCAAUUCACGUGGCCGGGCAGCACUUAAGAAGUGGGGGCUACAUGCCCGGGGAAUGUCCCGCGUCAUGGACAUGGAGUUUGAUGAGAGCAUCCUCGUGUUACACAUUGCCACCGAAAUCUACCUCAUCAAAUAUCAGUGGCUAAGUACAGAUCAUUUGCGUUGCCUUGCUGAGGCAAUCAAGGCGAUGUCCAACUACAUGCUUUUCCUCCUUGUUGCACGCCCUUAUAUGCUGCCAGGCUCCGCCAACCGCACUAGGUAUGUUGAUGUGUGCUAUUGUCUUACUGGUAUCAAAUACAACACAUCCCAGGAUUUGGCCGCCUUGCUAACACCGAGGGGCGGUGAAUAUUGGUACUAUAGGCCAGAAUCUAUAAAGGAUAGUGAAAAAGAACGAUGCAUUAACCAAUGCAAAACAGUUCAAACAAUAUAUAUUCUAGUAAACAUGAUGAAUAACGCAUGGAAUCACAAAAAUGUUUUUGUUGAGCUAGAGAUGAUCGCUGAAGUGUGGGUGGAGAUGUUGUGCUACGCGGGGUACAGAUGCAGCGGGUAUUCUCAUGCCAAGCAAUUGAGCAAUGGUGGUGAGCUCCUCACCGUCGCUGCCCUUGUUGUAGAGUACUACAGAAGAAACGUGCUCAAACCUAGGACUAUGGCAGAACAGGUGAAGGAGGAGGAGCAAAGGCGGGCAGCCAUGCAGGAGGAGGAGAGGCAGCAGGUUACCAUGCAGGAGCAGGAGCUGCAUUCUCGUCUUGAUGAACCGCCAAGCCCCCCUCCUGAGUCCAACAAUGAGAUAUCCUCUGUCUGA